GAUUACACCUUUCUCAACAUCAGAUUUUUCAGACAAACGUACAAGAGUUUUGGUCCAGUAGGUAUAUUAAUAAGAUGUCACUGGAACAACUAGAAGAGAAGAACACAAAACUUACAGGCUAUGAUGCUUAUUUUGAGAUCGUCCAAAGCAGAAAAAAACUGCCACAGUCAUUGCAAGAGUCUCUGACAAAUGCAUUUGAUAAAAUUCCUGCUUUGUCAUUUCCAGAAGUCCCUGGAGGACAAGUCAUUGAAAUAGAAGCAGACAUAUCAGUUGGUGAUGCGGUCAAAAUCCUAUCGGAGUCGCACAUUAUGUCAGCUCCUGUAAGGAACCCUGAUGGUAAAAAUAGCGGGGAUUGGAGAGAAAUGUACUUGGGAAUAAUAGAUUACUCGGCUAUUGUUCUUUGGGUGCUAGAGAGUGCAGAUGUUGCAGCAGCUGCGCUCUCAGCAACUUCAGCAGCGGCCGCUGGAGUAGGUGCGGGGGCUGCUGGUGUCCUCGGAGCACUAGCGUUGGGAGCGACGGGCCCCGCAGCCAUGGCUGGCUUAACGGUUGCAGCAGUUGGAGCGGCUGUCGCUGGUGGGGUGGCAGCCGAAAAAGGAAUAGGAAAAGAUGCUGCCACUGCGGCAGGUAACUUGGGUCAGGACUUCUACAAGGUUCUCCUCCAAGAGGAGCCCUUUAGGUCAACCAAGGUUAGAUCCAUCGUAAGAUCCUACCGCUGGGCGCCAUUUGUUCCGGUUGGAGUAGACAGUUCUAUGUUGACUGUCUUACUUCUGUUAUCAAAAUAUAGACUGCGAAAUGUGCCGGUAGUUGAAGCAGGACAACCGUGUCUAAAGAACUACAUAACUCAGUCCGCUAUCAUACAAGGUCUGAAGGGAUGUAAAGGGAGAGAUUGGUUUGACAGCAUUGCGGGAAAUACAAUAUCUGAACUUGGCCUACCAUUCAUGGAGCCCAACGAGGUUAUUAGUGUGCAAAGCAGUGAAUUGAUUUUGGAAGCGUUCAAGAAAAUGAAAGAAAACCAAAUUGGAGGUCUCCCUGUUGUUGAAGGCAGCAGCGUGAUAAAGAAAAAGAUCGUUGGCAACGUAAGCAUAAGAGACAUAAGAUUUUUGUUACUCAAGCCAGAACUUUUUGCCAAUUUCAGGCAGCUAACCGUGAACGACUUCAUGAACACUGCUGCUUCGGCAACGAAUGAAGUUGGGAAGAUUAACACGCCAAUUACGUGCACCACAGAUUCAACUCUUGCUUCUGUGAUUGACAUGCUCGCUUUUAAGCAAGUUCACAGGAUUUAUGUGGUAAAAGGCACAGACAAUGAAAUCGUUGGUGUAAUUACGCUAAGAGAUGUCAUCUCCUGCUUCAUCUAUGAGCCACCAAACUUCUUCGAUAAGUACUUUGGAUUUUCUGCAAAGGAAAUGCUGGGUCAGUGAUGAUGUUUAAUUUGCUGCAGCUCGAAUAGCUAGCUUUCUUCAACUCCCAGAACAUAUAUGAAGUCCUGUCUGUAUAUUUGACACAAAUAAGAC